CAAUACGUACCUUCUCUACUUGACAGGCGAUAUAGAAGGUACAGUCGGAUGAGGCUCAGCAAGGCACCGAGGUAGCGUGCUUGAUCAACGCCAGGUUGGCCGUGUGACGCAGAAGUGGCCUGCUUGAAACGUGGAGUACAUGGGAGUUAGCGGGCAGCGGAACUUGCCGGCUAGCGAAUCUUGGCGGGCACACAACUCUCGGCUUCACCCCACCAACAAAUUGAAGGCUUCGCAUCCGACCAGGAAGCUAUCCAAUAACCACACUCACCAACCCACAAGAAUCAGCCAUGGCAGAACGUGGUGGCGGUGGCUUUGGCUCGCGCGGCGAUCGUGGCGGUGGGGACAGAGGUCGUGGUGAUCGUGGACGCGGACGUGGCCGCCCAAGGCGCGGUGGUGCGAAGAGCGACGAGAAGGAAUGGCAACCCGUCACCAAGCUUGGCCGCCUCGUCAAGGCUGGCAAGAUCAAGAGUAUGGAGGAGAUCUACCUGCACUCGCUCCCCAUCAAGGAGUAUCAGAUCGUCGAUUUCUUCCUGCCGAAGCUCAAGGACGAGGUUAUGAAGAUCAAGCCCGUCCAGAAGCAGACUCGCGCUGGUCAGCGUACUCGUUUCAAGGCUAUCGUCGUCAUUGGUGACAGCGAGGGCCACAUCGGCCUUGGCAUCAAGACGUCAAAGGAAGUGGCCACUGCGAUUCGCGCCGCCAUUAUCAUCGCCAAGCUCUCCGUCAUGCCAAUCCGUCGCGGCUACUGGGGUACCAACCUCGGUGAGCCGCACUCCAUUCCCGUCAAGGAGAGCGGCAAGUGCGGUUCCGUCACCGUCAGGCUCAUUCCUGCUCCUCGCGGUACCGGUCUCGUGGCCUCCCCAGCGGUCAAGCGUCUGCUCCAGCUCGCUGGUGUCAAUGAUAUCUACACCGCUUCUUCCGGCUCCACCAAGACCCUUGAGAACACGCUCAAGGCCACCUUCGUCGCCAUCACCAACACCUACGGCUUCCUCACUCCCAACCUGUGGACCGAGAUGAAGCUCACGCGCAGCCCACUUGAGGAGUACAGCGAUGUUCUCCGCGAGGGCAAGCGCUACUAGACGUCACUUGAUCGCGGUGAAGCUUCGCAAGCAGUGUGAAGGCGUUGCGAAGAUCGUUCGAACUAUGCCGUAUCAUAUACGGAUGGUCGAGGAAUGAUGUCUGAAUUCGGCGAUCGUUGUGCUUCGUGCUCCACAAGAUGGAGC